AGAAAAAAAAAAUUGAAAAGCAAAUCAAUAUGUCUUCUAAUUUCCACUUCUUAUUGAUUCUUGUUUUCUUGAUUUCACUUCAACCAACAAUUUCCACCUCAUCAUCAUCAAUUGAUUUGAUUCAAAAAACAUGUAUGAACACAAAAUACUAUGAUCUUUGUGUAUCAUCUCUCAAAUCAGAUUCCACAAGUCUCAAAGCAGACACAAAAGGCUUAGCAACUAUCAUGGUCAAAAUUGGAAUGGUCAAUGCCACAGCCACAAACACUUUUCUUUCUUCACAUGAAUUAGUACUUAACACUACUAAUUACACAAAUAAUGAUUUGGUAUUAAUGAAGAAACUCCUCAAAGAUUGUGCUGAUAAAUAUGCUUUAGCUACUAAUGCACUUCAAGAUUCACUUCAAGAUUUGAAUAAUGAAGUUUAUGACUAUGCUUACCUGCAUGUUAUGGCGGCUGCGGAUUAUCCUAAUGUUUGUCAUAAUGGAUUUAAGAGGAAUCCAAGAUUGGAUUAUCCAACUCAACUUGCUAUUAGGGAAGAUGGAUUUAAACAUAUUUGUGAUGUGGUUUUAGGUAUCCUUGAUGCUCUUGGUUGGUGAAAAAAAAAAUCCCUUUUUUAUGGGAUUUAAUUUC